AAUUAUAACAGGGGGAUGGGGAAGGAGGUGGAGAGGCUGAAGGAGGUGGAGGAGAGGGUCAAGGGGCUGGAGAGGGAUAACAGAGAGCUGGCCAAGCAGGGAGCGAUCAGCCAGAGGGCCCUGGUCACCCUGAGAGAGGAGUUGGUGAGUGACAAGCUGAAGACCCAGCAGAGGGAGAAUGAGCUGGAGAGGCUGGCCCACGAGCUGGAGAUGAGAGUCCUCAACCAGGACGCAUCACCACAGACUGACGAGGAAACUCCAGACAACAGUAGGUUCAAGAUGCUGGAGUCUGAGCUGGAGUCGUCUCUGAAGAGGUCCCUGCAGAUCAAAGAAGACAAGAUGGCUGCCGUUGAGGCUCGUCUGCAGGAGUCCUCCACCCUCAACCAGCAGCUACGUCAAGAGCUCAAGACUGUGCGUCUGAACUACGAAGCCCUGUUGCAGAGGGAGGAGGAGGAGCAUGCGGCCCGUAGCCCCACCCCUCAGAGGGAGAGUGACAGGGCGGUAAGCGGAUGGCAGUGGGAGAGUCAGGAGGCCACCAGGGAGCUGCUGAGGGUCAAGGACCGCCUCAUCGAGGUGGAGAGGAACAAUGCCACACUGCAGGCAGAGCGUCAGGCACUGCAGGCCCAGCUCAGACAGCUGGAGACCCAGUCAGACGGCCUGCAGGCUCAGAUCCUGGCCCUGCAGAGACAGACCGCCUCCCUGCAGGAGAACAACACGGCUCUCCAGACACACAACGCUAACCUGCAGGUGGAGAAGUCCACUCUGAACUCCCAGAGUGCAUCACUCCUGGCCCAGAACGCUCAGCUCCAAUGCCAACAAUCCAGCACUGAGGGUGAUAAGGAGGUGGCCAUGCGUGAGCGCGAGGAGCUGCGCGGCGUGUACGACCAGCUCCUGAGGGACCACGAGAGGCUGGCGGCGCUGCACGAGAGACAAGCCAUGGACUACGAGGCCCUGAUGGGAAAACACGGCUGUCUGAAGAACGUCCACCGCACUCUGGAGCUGGAGCAUAGAACGCUGGAGGACAGGUACAAAACGCUGCUGCAGCAGAAGGCCAAACUAGAAGGUCUGGAGAAGGCUCUGAGAGAGGAGCAGGACAAGAUGUCUGUGGAGAAGGAGCAGCACAGGACCACCGCCUCAGAGUGUCGACAGCUCCGGGAUGAGAAGGACUGGCUGAACCAGACGUACCGUCAGCUGUUGAAGGAUCAGGAGGAGCUCCAGGCGGACCAUAAGAACAUGAAGACCCUGCUGAACAGCACCAAGCUGGAGCAGACCAAGCUAGAGUCCAACUUCAACAAGCUCAGAGAGCAGUACCAACAGCUAGACAUCACCAACACCAAGCUCACCAACCAGUGUGAGCUGCUGAGUCAGUUGAAGGGGAACCUGGAGGAGGAGAACCGUCACCUGCUGGACCAGAUCCAGACCCUGAUGCUGCAGAACCGCACCCUGCUAGAACAGACCAUGGAGAGCAAGGACCUGUUCCACGUAGAACAGAGACAGCACAUAGACAAGCUGAAUGAGCUGAGGAGACAGAAGGAGAAGCUGGAGGAGAAGAUCAUGGAUCAGUAUAAGUUCUAUGACCCCUCACCCCCACGGAGGCGUGGGAACUGGAUCGCCCUGAAAAUGAGGAAGCUGAUGAAGCCGAGGAGCCGCGAGCGUUGUGGCCCCGCCUCCUCUUCUGACCACCAUCGCUCCCUCACCCCCACACGCUCCGGGUCCUUCGAGGCCCUCCCGCCCACCUCCCCCUCUGCUCCCUGUUGCCAGGACAACGACUCCUUCGUGGGUUCGGACGGCUCGGGUGGGUCCACCACCUCCCCCCGGAGGAGCAGCACCCUGAAUGACCUGGACAAACUGAAUGACUUGGUGUACCCCUCAACCCUGUCUGAGGACCCUGAGCAGCUAGAGGGGUCAGAGGUCAAGAAUGACAGAUCCAGGAAGGAGUCUAUGACCUCAUCCAUGAGCGACUCCAUCUUGUCCAUCAUCAACCAUCAACACCAGCCGACCACCACUCCUUUGUUUUAUCCCACCACCACUGCUGCUGCCGCUGCCACUGAUAGCAAUGAGCCAUGUUUGACAGACAAGGAUUAUAAUGACAGUGCUGUGGCGACUGACUUUGAUGACGGUGAUGAACUACAAAACCACGGUCUGAAUGGCGUGCCGAGCCGUGCCCAGAGCCAGAGCAGCGGAGAGUUCAGCCUUGACAACGAACCCUGGUCCAACGGCAGUAGCCCGGUCCAGCCGCCUCCGUCAUCCCGCCGCUCCUCUUCCUCCUGCCUUCCGCCUAGCGAUACCUCCACCCCCCGACACACACGGCAGAACCCCUCGCCGACCACACACACACAGCAGCGAUCCACUUCCUUAACACACACCAGCAGCAACAAACACAGAGAGAGGGUAGGAGUAAAGAACUCCUCACCUAUUGCCAUAGCAAACACCCAGGGUUCAGUUCCCUGUAGGGGGAGGGAGGUGGGUAGCACCCAGGACCCCUGGCCCAGAAGGAGUGUCCUCAGGAGGUGCGCCAGUGGGAGCAGAGCCCCCCAGCAGCCUUCCGAUGGGAAUGUCCCCAAAACAGCUCAGGGACAGGUUGCUGUACUAUCUCGAUCUGGAUUAGGUCUGAACAAAGCUCCGGAGACCACCACCACCCGAGCCUCAGCCAUGUCCCCGAUCGCGGUACUCUACGUCCAGGGUAAAUCUUCCUCUGUGUCUGGGUGUCUCAACUGUUUCUCCACCCCGUUGGCGAAGGAGGCGCGUCUAAGAGGGCCAUGGUCUCCUACCUCUCUACCCCGGGCCAGUAGCGUCAUCUCAACAGCCGAGGGUUCCUCGCGACGAUCCAGUGUCAACAGUGACUCUAGGGUGAUGGCGAAAGUAGGUCCCUUACCUAUCAUGGAAUCUGAUGGGAGCCCGAAUCAGGAGACGGACACGGUUAAUCAGAAUCAGAACAAGCAGAACAAUCCAGAAGAACGAGACACUAAUAAUCAACCACCACCACCAAGCAAACCCCCCAGAGACCCAGCGGUAGCCACCGAUCGACCCAAAUCCACCUGCCAGGAAUCCCUCUUCGGCGGCACCCCGUUCAACCUAGACUCUGUCUUCUCAGACACUAUCUUUAGCGAGUCGGUAGUCACCACCACUACUAGUAACAACGGCAAUAAUAACGAUAAGAACCAGACUUUCCUCUGUCUGAACCCAGAACUGGUGCGUAACGUCAGUUGCUCGCCGCUGAGUCAGGAGUCCACUAACGGCACGGCACCGGGACGCAUGGACAAUGUACGGAGCCAAAAUGGAGGACAAGAAGACUGUGAGAGUAAUACUGUGGAAAUGACUCAGUGCUGAUUGCUGAUGACAAGCAGUUUGUUGUUGCAUGUCUACAGUCCUGUAUUGAGUUCUGCAAUAGAUACAGGGAGUUGUGGAUGUCAGUACCAACGUAGUACCAACCAUUACCAACGUAGUACCAACCAUUACCAACGUAGUACCAACAUUGUUUAAAAGAGAAGCAAACAUCAUAAUGAUUUCCUAUUGUGUUGAUGCAAUAACUGUUCUUCUCCUUAUAGGUGCUUUUGAAGUAGUGAUGUUUUGGUUUUAGGCACUUUUCACAAUGAAGUCCUAGACAUUAUAACAUUGUGUUAUACAGUAUUAUAAGAUCUCUGUUUUUGGGCUGAGAUUAUAGACUGUAUAUAACGAUAAGAUGAAUUGAGAACAUACAAAGACACAUUCACAUACUAUACUUGUUUCUCUAAUGUACAGAUUUUUAUAUUUAGUCCAAAUGAAGAUGUAAAUAAAAUGUACUUUUAGGGAAUAAAUUGUUGUUUUCAAAAAAGCACAUCGACAGUCUUCCUUUGUUGUUUGACAAAAGUUUUCAGUAUUAUGCGGCCUAUGUUUUUAUUAGUAUUUAUAAGCCUGUGUUGAUAUUUGUGUUUUUAUUUUUGUUUAUAGGCCGUAUCAAUCUACAAAUGCUUAAACUCCCUAUUCAUAUGUACUUUUUGUUGUUCCCACACAGUAGAUCUAGUUAUACACAUAAACCCUUCAACCGAAAAACCAUAGCUCUCUGUCCAGAGUGUUGAUAUUACAUACAGACUAGUAGACAACAUUUACAUUACCAUGUUAGUUCAGAACGCUGGACAUUACAGUAAACUUAUAACAACAAACACAAUCAGCAAUCGUCUUAUUAGGAAAAACACACCAAUAUGGUUCCUCGGUCGAGUGCCAUGUCAUGUGUCAUGUCACAUAUCAAAUCAUGUGUCAUGUCAUGUGUCAUGUGGGGACUGAGUUUUUGUUUGGUUUGUCAGUUUGUUUAGUUGUUUGCUUUUCAUUGUCUCUGCUUUAUUGUCUCGGCAAAAAUCAAAUACUGAGAUUGUCCUCAGUGAAGAUGAAACCUUGUACAUGUAAAUGUGUGCAGGGACUUCAGGAGCCACAGUUGAAUAAAGCCCUUCUCAUUCCUUUAAUAUA